UUGAAAAUAUCGAACCGAACACGAACCUCCGGUGCGAAGAAGUCUCUCCUCAAAAACCCAAGGGGCGCAGCCAUCGGCGAGAGAAACAAAACCUCGGCUAUCAUUUUUCCUUGCACAUCAAUCCGUAGGCAGACCUAAAGGAAAUCAGGGAAUUGAUGGCGUCGAAGAUUCAACAACUGCAAUCUCAGGCAUGCCAAGCUUCAAAAUUUGUUGCCAAGCAUGGUACUGCCUACUACAAACAGUUGCUGGAGCAGAACAAGCAGUACAUUGUGGAGCCACCCUCUGUUGAAAAGUGCAAUGAGUUGUCCAAGCAGUUACUCUACACUCGUCUUGCGAGCAUUCCUAGCCGUUACGAGGCAUUUUGGAAGGAACUUGAUUCUGUCAAGCAAAUGUGGAAGAAUAGGAAGGAGUUGAAGGUUGAAGAUGCUGGAAUUGUUGCCUUGUUUGGUUUGGAGUGUUUUGCAUGGUAUUGUGCUGGUGAGAUAGUAGGAAGAGGGUUUACAUUUACAGGUUACUAUCCUUGAAAUAUCAGUUCUUAUGAAAAUUAAUUGGGCAAAUUGACUAGUUGUAAGGGCUCUCCCUCGUUAAGGAUGAUUUGAGUGACAGGAACUCCAUACAAGAUUUUGUUUCCCCAAACAGUUUCUGAAGCUGCAAAGUCAGUGUUUACAUUAUGCCACAAAUAAUCUCUGCCCAUUCAAUCUUCCUUUUUACCACUUCAGUGAAGUGGCUUAGCUUGAACUUUGUAAUAGUGGAUUUAAAUUUGCUCAAAGUUUACUGCUACAUGCGACAGUAUUUGUUCUUAUUAAUUACUUCGCUUCUAUUUGGAAGGUUGACUA